AUGGGUACUGUCCAGAUCCAUUAUGAGAUUCCAGACGUCUUGUUAAACAACAAAGACUAUGUGAGUAGCAAGGAUAAGGACUCCGUGUAUACCUUUUUCAGUACCGUCACCUGCAGCAAUGCUGACACCUAUGAAUGGGCACAAAAGCGGCGGGGCAGCGAUAGCGCCUUUAUGGCCAGGUUGCCCACUGACAGCUUAGCCCCAUGCGGGUUGGUGAACAUCGCGCUGUUCACGGACUCCUAUCUCUUCGAGCGCGAUCUGGGCGCCUCUUGGGAGGCCGUGACCAUCGACGAAAGUCGCGUGGCACUUCCGGCGGACGAUGAGAGCUUCAACAAGGUCACUCAGGACAAUGGCACUAUUUACUUGCAGAAUUCUCGCGCAAGCUGGUUGACUCCAGACAUACUCGAGCACUGGAAGGUGUGGCAACGUACCCCACCUGGGCAGACCGUGCGCAACCUUUGGGGCUAUGUCGAAGGAGGCCUUGAGCUGGGCACCUACAGGAUAAACUUCACGGAGAACAGUGCCAUUUGGGAAGAGUGGGGUGCGCCGGAGAAGCGGCUCAUCAUCACAGGCAACCCAUCAUGGCUGGGCAACCCAGGCGCCAUGCAGGCGGUUGCAGGCUGCAUGUUCUUCCUGGGCGGACUGGAGUUCGUGUUGUUCUUUGCCUUUCUCGUCAUGAUCUUCGGCUGGCAGUCUGUGCCAACCGGUGCUGGGGAUCCAGUAGACAUCGAGCCAAUGGAGGCGGAACCCACCGCCCGGGUGUCGGUCGCUGCGGCGGCACGGCAGGCCACACCGCCGGUGCCGUGCCCUCCAGCGGCAAGGCGCAACGGUUCCCUGCUCCUCUGGACCGUCGACUCUGGAGCGCGAAGCACCGCAGGGAGCGGUCCACGUGGUCCUCCUCGUCCGCCAGAGGUCCCGCAGUCGGGAAUCGCGGGUGCCCGUUUCGCGGAGUGGCUUGUGGGCAACGAGGUGCCGCGCGUGGACUGCGCGGACGAGGCGGGCUUUCAAAACGCCUUGGCCUUGGUCGCGCAGCGUGUUCCAGUGGUGAUGUUGAACCUGAACGUCAUGCCGGCCACGCAGAAGUGGGACGUGGAGUACUUGCGUUCCCACUGCAACGAAUGGCCUGGCAUGAACGUCUUGCGAUCUGACCGUUCCCAGAAUCGCUACCUGUACUACGUCCCGGAGCAAGCUGACCGCGACAUGUCGGCCUUCCGCGAUGCUCCACGUCGCGCGAGCGCUGACUUACGCUUCUCCUUUGAGGGAUUCUUGGAGAGGAGCAAGCAGGACCCCAGUGGCUGCUAUUAUUUGCAAGCGCCACUGGUGUUGCGUCAGCCCGCCUCGGCGACGGCUGAGACCUGGAAGCUCCAGGAGACCUGGAGUCCAGGCCUUACCCCCGAACUGCGCAAGGAUUGUGAGUCCCGAGUGAACUGGCAACGCUUGGAAGCUCUUCAGGCGGCGGGCGGCUUUGGGGAGUGGUCGCGGUCCCAGCUCUUCGUGGGCCCCAGCGAAAGCACGGGACGCCUGGGAGUCGAGUCGGGAGUCGUCGGCCUGGUGAACAUCGAGUGA